AUCAAUUAGUGAUACGCAUGCGCUUGCUAAUUUCCUCACAAGAUUAAACUUGGGAGCAUAUAAAAGAGGCUAGGUACUUUCAUUAAUUCACAUAAGAAAUUCAGUGACUGGCUACACGAUGCGUAAGACGCUCGGGCUACUCCUCAUUGCCCUCCAGUGGGGAGCUUUUGUCCAUGGACAAACGGCAACGACUGCGGCAGGAGCAACGACUGCAGCAGGUUCAACGACCGCUGCAGGAGCAACCACAGCGGCAGGUGCUACAACUGUGGCAGGGGCAACGACUGCGUCUGGGGCAACAACUGUGGCAGGGGCUACAACUGUAGCAGGUGCAACAACAGUGGCAGGGGCCACAACAGCUGCUGGGGCAACAACAGCAUCAGGGGCAACAACAGCAUCAGGGGCAACAACUGUGGCAACAACAACUAACACAGGGCCUACUACAACAGGAGGCUCUACAAUCACUAACACAGGCUCCACGACAACAGGAGGUUCUACGACGACUAACACGGGCUCGACUACAACAGGAGGAUCAACAACUACUAACACAGGCUCCACGACAACAGGGGGAUCUACGACCACUAACACGGGCUCGACUACAACAGGAGGAUCAACAACUACCAACACAGGCUCCACGACAACAGGAGGUUCUACGACGACUAACACGGGCUCGACUACAACAGGAGGAUCAACAACUACUAACACAGGCUCCACGACAACAGGGGGAUCUACGACCACUAACACGGGCUCGACUACAACAGGAGGAUCAACAACUACCAACACAGGCUCCACGACAACAGGAGGUUCUACGACGACUAACACGGGCUCGACUACAACAGGAGGAUCAACAACUACCAACACAGGCUCCACGACAACAGGAGGUUCUACGACGACUAACACGGGCUCGACUACAACAGGAGGAUCAACAACUACCAACACAGGCUCCACGACAACAGGGGGAUCUACGACCACUAACACGGGCUCGACUACAACAGGAGGGUCAACAAUCACUAACACAGGAACGACUACAACUCGAGGUUCUACGACCACUAACACAGGUUCCACGACAACAGGGGGCUCUACGACCACUAACACGAGCUCGACUACAACAGGAGGAUCAACUACUUCUAACACAGGUUCCACAGCAACAGGGGGGUCUAUGACCACUAACACGGGCUCAACUACAACAGGAGGAUCAACAACCACUAACACAGGCUCCACCACAAUUACAGGAUCGUCGACAGCUACUGGUACAGUAUCAACUACUACCGGAGCCUCUGUGACUACCAACACGGGAUCUACGACAUCUAUUUCUACCCCACCUGCCACUACCGUACCUGCAACUACCGAACCUGCCACUACCGAACCUGUCACCGAACCUGCCACUACCGAACCUGUCACCGAACCUGCCACUACCGAACCUGUUACUUCUCCAGCGAGAACCAAACCAUCACGCGCCGUAGUUGCAAAAUGUCGCCAAAUAGCAGGGAAAGCAUUAUCUAAGUGCUGUUCUCCCGAUGUACCACGGCUUCUUCCGCUCGAAACAGGUGGCACCUGCAAGUCCUCAAUGCUGAAAAUGAAUGCUUUCAAUGUUUUCACACUUAACAAAAUGCAAAGUCCAUCUAGCAAUCCUGUAAAUGCGAUCAAUUUUAAUGACGUGAAAGUAAUGAAAGCUCUUGGCAAAGCUGCUUGCUUCGUGAAUUGUGUCCUCGAAAAUAAGAAUGUUUACAAAGCGAGUAGCUUGGAUGCUGCAGCAUUAACUGAUCUUUUGACUGCGUCGCAAAGUGAACCUUGGCUGACCUUCAUCACUGAUGCAGUUCCGAAAUGCGUGUCAUUAGUCAAUACCUUGAGCAUCCCUUCGUUCUUAUCUGGACAGUUAGCUUGCGAUGGUACACCAUAUGUUACUAUACAGUGCAUACUAUCGGAAUUAAUUACGAAUUGUCAAUCGAAAGAGUCAUCAACUCCAUGUGUCAAAACAUACGAACUUUACAGCAAGUGCAGUGAUAGCGUUUUUGCUCCUAUCGUGAAGAGACAAAUAGGGGUAAACAAGCACAAGAAAGCAAAAAAAGUAAAAAAGGUCAAGAAUGGCAAAAAGGACAAGGAAAUGACUCAAAACGAAAAAAAUCAGAGUGGCAAGAAAGAGAAAAAAAUGGAUAAGAAGAAAACGAAAGCUACAAAUAUAAGCGAAAAGCUGAACAAAAAACAGAUUGUAAAAGAGAAGGUAACGAAUGAAAAGAAUAAUGGACCAAAAAAGGUAAAAAAAGAAAAGAAGGUAAAAAAGGAGAAAAAAGAUAAGAAACAGAAGAAGCAAGACUUGAAAGAACAAAAAGGCAAGGAGGAAAUUGGAUCAAAAAAGGUUAAGAAGGUAAAAAAGGAAAAGAAGGUAAAAAAGGCAGAAAAGGAAAAGAAGGUAAAAAAGGCAAAAAAGGUAAAAAAGGCAAAAAAGGAAAAGAAGGUAAAAAAGGAGAAUAAAGAGAUCAAGGAGAAAAAAGAAAAGAAAAAACAGAAGAAGCAAGGCUUGAAAGAAAAAAAAGGCAAGGAGGAAAUUGGAUCAAAAAAAGUCAAGAAGGUAAAAAAGGAGAAAAAGGUCAAGGUGGAAAAGGAUAUGAAGAAACAGAAGAAGCAAGGUUUGAAAGAAGAAAAGGGCAAGGAUGGAAAUAAAUCAAAAAAGAUGAAGAAGGUAAAGAAAGUGAAGAAUGGAGCGAAAGAAGAUAAAAAAGACCAAAAAGUGAAGAAUACAAAAAAAGAGAAGAACGAGCAAAAUGGUUUGAUAAAAGUUAAAAAGGAAAAGAAAAUUAAAAAAGGGAAGGAGGAAACUGUGAAAAAUGCCAAGGGACAAAAUGUAGGCAGCAAAGAAAAAAAGAUGAAAAAGGAGAAGGCUGGGCAGGAAAAAGGAGUGAAACAAAUCAAGGAAAACAUAGAAAAGAAAAAGAACAAUAAGAAGACAGUAUUGGAAAAGAAGGCAGAUGAAAAGAAAACUAAGAAAGAAAAUAAUAGAAAAGAACCAUCGCAAAAUGGUUCGAUUGGAAAAGAAAAGAAUGAGAUAAAGAAGAAAAAAGGCAAACAGGAGGACCCCAGAAAUGAGAUAUAGAUUAUGUCAGAUAUAUUUUAAAAUAUACCAAAGACUGACAAAUUGAACAUGAACGACCAUACGCGACUAUCCAAUGCUCCCCUUCUUGAUAUCCGAACUGAGAGAUCAUGCUUCCUUCUUCAAUUGUGUAGCUCAAAAGUUGAAAUCAAAAUUUCAACUUUUAUACUUAAUAAAAAUUCUUCUGCAUCAACAAUA